GCAAUGCUGGUGCGUAAUAUACGCGGAGCGGGUGCAGAAGUCUCGACGAUCAGUUCCUUCCCUACAAGAGCACUGGCCAGUCUGCAAUCGCCAUGGCACAGCAAAUGGAGACUACGAAAAGCUGCCAGCUAGGUCUGUGUGUGCUUUGCGGUCUCCCAGCAGCAGGCAAGACGACGACAGCGCGGGCGCUGAGCCAGUCCCUGAGGAAGCGCCACGGAUGGCGGUGUGUCCUCCUCUCUUAUGACGAUCUCAUUCCUCUAGAGGCGUUCAGCCAACCAGAGUCAAGUUCAGGACAGCAGUCAUUGAUGUUCCCUUGGAGAUUGUACCGGCAUGAAUUAUUGUUCUACCUUGAACACUUCCUGCAGGCUUUUAUUAAAGGCUGCCAUUAUUCUCCUCCUCCAAACAGAAUUGAAACAACAUGGAAAGCCUUUGUGUGCUGUUUGAAAGAGCAAGGAUUGAUAUCUCCAGGAACAGAAGACUCUGCAGCUUGUCAAUAUUUAAUAGAUUUCACCCCUCUCAGACCCAUAUAUUUUAUCUUAGAUGACAACUUUUAUUAUCGGAGCAUGAGAUAUGAAGUGUACCAGUUAGCUCGCCAGUAUACACUGGGCUUCUGUCAGUUAUUUCUGGACUGUCAAGUUGAGACCUGCUUAGAAAGAAAUUGCCAGAGAACACAGCCGUUACCUGAAGAAACCAUACGUGCAAUGGUGCAGAAAAUAGAAGUUCCAGAUCCAGGGAAAUACUCAUGGGAGCAGAAUAGCCUCAUUCUCAAGAGUACGGAAUAUGCUUUAAAAGAUAGUGUUCAGGUGCUCCAUUUGUUAUCUACUGCUUUGGAAAAUCCGGCGAGACCGCUGGAAGAGAACACAGAACUAAAGGAAAUGGAUCGGGCUAUCUGUGCUGCUAAUUUUCUUCAUCAAGCCGACCAGGCUGUCAGAAGAAUUGUUUCUCAAACGAUGAAGAGUGCUAAAGACCAUAAUCUUUCCACCAGGGAGAUGAAGAGAUUGGCCAAGGAACUAAAUAAACUGAAGGUGGAAUUCUUGGAAGAAUUAAGGCGCAAGUCUGAUGAAAAACAUCCGUGUCCACAAAAUAACACAUUUGACAUAAGCAUAUCUUUAUUCAGCCAACUGGUAGAAGGUGUUGUUAAGAAAUAUCUAAUCCUGUCUUUAGCAGCAGCCAGGAUUUGGCAAGAAGUCAGAGAAGGUGGGGACAGUGCCCCCACACAUCAACAUAGUCAUAUGACAACUGCCAUCAAGGUGAUGCAGCUACAACAUAGGAAGCUGUACAAAAGCAAGUUUUAUUUAACUGUUAGUCAAUUCAGCAUCUCCUGCACUAUAGUGAUACACAUAGCUGCUGCACUGAGGAAAGUUAUUCAAAGUAGUCCCAUUGAAAUUAGCCUAAUGAACCUACUGUUUUUUUUCAAAGGGACCACUUUGAGUAAUUUUUCCUCAGUAUGUCAGCCACUAUCUCACUAG